GUGGCCCUGGGGCUGCUGCUGCAAGUGCUGGGCUGCGCUGCCGCACGGGACCCGGCCCUCGAGGAGGCCUGGAGGGGCUGGAAGAGCCUCCACGCCAAGGAGUACCCGCAGGACGCCGAGGCUGCCCGCCGGGAAGUGUGGGAGAAGAACCUGCGGCGCAUCGAGGAGCACAACCGGGAGCAGGCGCGGGGCCGGCACGCGUUCCGCCUGGGCAUGAACCACUACGGAGACCUGACGGACGAGGAGUUCAACCAGCUCCUGAACGGCUUCGCCCCGGCACGGCCGCGGGAGGCGGCGCCGGACAACCAGAGCGUCGGCUACUGGAUCCUGAAGAACAGCUGGUCGGAGGUGUGGGGCGAGCGGGGCUACAUCCGCCUGCUCCGCAGAGGGGACAAUCCCUGCGGGGUGGCCAACCAGGCCAGCUUCCCCGUGCUCUGA